UUAAAGUUCCCGUGCCAUGGCUCUGGUAACUCUUCAGGUUUCUUCGCUCGAUGCGGGUUCGAAUAUUACACCUGUCCAGGAUGAUGAAAAAAGCAGAAGGAAGCGAAUGCAGAGACGGCAGAGCUUUGUUAUGGUGAAAGGAGCAGCACUUCUUCUGCAGGAUGAAGGAGAGCAUGCAGUUACUACAGAACCACUUCCCUCAUAUGGCCCUAAUGAGCAGCAAAUACACCUACAGUCGAUGCUAAGGCUGCUUAGAGAAGAAGACACACUUAAACUGGCUGUACGACUGGAGCCUGUCCGAUCAUGCCUUAUCCGCUAUCUGUUAGUGGUUUCCUCUACUGGAAAAUCCAAUGAGGAAGAGACAGUUUUACUCGGUGUUGACUUUCCCCAUGAUGGGUCCCUUUGCUGCACAGUUGGCACUGUGCUGCCCAUAUGGAGCAACACACAAGUUUUCCUGGAUGGAGAUGGUGGAUUCACUGUCACAUCUGGGAUGGAUAUCUGUCCAUUUAAACCUAUAUCAGUUCAAACCAUGUGGUCACUCUUACAGAUGCUCCACAAAGCGUGCGAAAGUGCAUUAUAUAAUAAUGUCAUAUCAAGCAGCAGUCUCCAUUCUGGAUUAAUUUAUUACCAAAGUAGUCGUGGUUCACCACAGGGUUGUUUGAAUGCAUGGACAGCUUCUCCAGACAUUGAAUCUGUGCGAAGGGACCCUGCCACCCCAGAGAGAGAAGAGACAGAGCGAAUUAUUAGACUAAAACUGCGAGAUAUCCUGAGAGAGAGUGAUUUGGAAAACAUAACAUCCAAGGAGGUACGGAGUGCUUUGGAGCAGCACACACUUUGUGCACUGCAGGACUACAAAGAGUUUAUAGAUAAUGAGAUGAUAAUCAUCCUUGCCCAGAUGGAUAGACCAUCUGAGAUCUUCCCAUAUCUUUAUCUGGGCUCUGAGUGGAAUGCAUCUAAUCUGGAAGAACUGCAGAAGAACAAGGUCAGUCAUAUUCUAAAUGUUACUCGAGAGAUUGAUAACUUUUUCCCUGAGCUUUUUAAGUACUUAAAUAUCCGGGUUCUAGAUGAGGAGAACACAAAUCUCAUGCAAUACUGGAAGGAGACACAUGCUUUCAUCACUGCUGGCAGACGUCAGGGGUCCCGUGUACUUGUACAUUGUAAGAUGGGAGUCUCUCGUUCAGCCUCCACAGUUAUUGCUUAUGCAAUGAAAGAAUAUGAAUGGACAUUGGAAACUGCAAUGAGACAUGUAAAGGAAAGAAGAAACAUUGUUCAACCUAAUGCAGGGUUCAUACGACAACUUCAAACAUAUCAAGGAAUCCUAGGAGCCAGUAAGCAAAGACACAGUUACCUCUGGGACCCUAGUUCAGCACCACCUUUACCUCAGGUGUUUCCUCCCCCCAAGAAUUUUUCAAGACACACAACCUCACCACUUACACCAAGGUUGCAAAAGAUGAAUCUGCGUACUCUAAUGCGGUCCAUCAGUGAGAUGGAUGCAACUGACACUAUUUCAGAAGAGAAGGAAAGCACUUCAGAAUUGGAAGAAAACAUUUUUAAGCAGAAGGUUAAUAUAUUAGAAAGUACAUCAAAAAAUCUGCAAGGCACAUUUCCUAAAAGAAAUGAACAUGUGCUAUACAAGGAGCAGAUUACACUGGAGGAAGACAAAAAAUUAAUGAAACUAGAAAAGGGACCAGAGUCCGAGGUGAAAAACCACACUCUUCAAGAAAUUAAAGAGACAGAGGUAUCAAUAAGAUUAAAGGAAGCAAAAGAGAAAGACCAAGAGACAAAUAAGGAAAGCUCUUCUAUUACUCAACAGAACAGUUCUUUGGAUGAGGUUUUUGAAAGCAGUACUCCAACUCGUUCUCCUCAGAUGGCGAGAUAUGCAUGCCAAAAGUUUAAACACCCUGAACAACAUCCAGAAGACAUCCAGAAUUCAAAAGUCUGCUUUGUAGCAAAUUUACAGUCUUUAUCAGAGGAGGAGAAGAUAACACUUGUUUCCAGACAACUGAAAAAGGAUGAACAUGGAGAACGCAAAGCAAGAUUCGCUCGGCAGCAAAAUGUGGUAGACACACAUGAAGAGCUGUAAACAAUUUUGAUAUGGAUACUGUUUAUGUAGUUGUUGAGUGUACAAAGUUAAGUGUCAUUCCCAAUUAUAUUGAAUAUGUAGAAUGUUACAAAGGUGCAUAAAAGAAAAACAAAGACUCAGGGAUCACCUUAAAAUUUGUAUUUUUUUUUUUUUUUUUAAAUAUGCAAGUUUUUAAGAAAUGCGCUGUAAGUAGCAGUUAAACAGAAUAUACAAUUACAUACUGAACCCUUAAAAUAGUGGUUUCUAAACUGUGGAGCUGACGUGGUUCAAUCUAAGUUUGUUAGGUUAAGAUUUGGGGAGAAUGGCAAACUGCUCAUCUUAAAAAUCAGUUGAAUGAGAUUUGGGGUAAAACAUAUUGCUGCCUUAGAUAUGACAACCAUAUUGGCAGCUGGACAGUCACAAAUAAAAGCUCACUGGCAAAUGCAAAGAGUAAAUGAAUUUGAGCUGGCACUGGGAUGAGAAAUAAGAUAAAUACAGCUGAGCAAAUUAAAUAUAGCACAAGUUGUCACAAGUUGCCACUCAUGUUUUAUUUAAAGAUAAGGGUGAGAGGCUGCAGUAACACCUUACCGAAGUGACACCAUAAGGAAAUAGGAUUUUGGAAAAGGGAAAUUAUUUUUAUAUAGCACUUUUCUUCUGUGGGACUUAAAAUGAUUUACAUCAAGGAAAGAAAGCCAUUGACACUGGGACACCAGAAGAUUAAGUGACUUGUUAUGGGUCACAAGGAGUUGCCACAGAGAAUCGAAUCAGGCUUUCUAGCAUGACAAUCCCACAUCAAAGGCUAAUCAGUUAAAUAUUAACUUAUAUACCAACUCCCAAAUCUGCACAGAGACAGCAUGCUAAGUCAUAAAGAAGAUUUCAGCAAGUCACUAAGUUAACCAGAAAGGACAACCUAAGGCCUUCAUUCUCUAUCAUAAUCAAUGAAUGCUUACAGAAUGUAAGGAUAUUUGGAUAUGUAUGAAUAAAAUUUAGGUUGAAGUUGAA